AUGGCCACCAACGGAGCUCACCAGGACCCCCCCUUCACCUCCAUGGUCAAGUCCAAGUUCCUCUCACACCCCGAGGACCUCGGCGUCGUCGCCGUGGGUUUCUCCGGCGGGCAGCGCAAAGCCGGCGUCGACGCCGCCCCCUCGGCCCUGAUCGAGGCCGGCCUGCUCACCCAGCUCCGCGACGAGCUGGGCUACAAGCUCCACGGGCACGACGAGGUGCACAACUACGCGGCGCUCGCGCCCAAGGACGACCCGGACUACCGGGGCAUGAAGAACCCGAGGGCCGUGUCGGCGGUGACCCGGCGCAUCGCCGAGCAGGUCUACGAGCAGGCGCGCGAGGGCCGCAUGGUGCUGACGCUCGGCGGCGACCACUCGGUGGCCAUCGGCACGAUCGCGGGGUCGGCCAAGGCGACGCGCGAGCGCCUCGGCGGGCGCGAGAUCGGCGUCAUCUGGGUCGACGCGCACGCCGACAUCAACACGCCCGAGAUGUCGGACAGCGGCAACAUCCACGGCAUGCCGCUGGCCUUCCUGACGGGGCUGGCCAGGGAGGACAAGGAGGAGUACUUUGGGUGGCUGCGGCCGGAGCACCGGCUGAGCCUCAAGAAGCUCGUCUACAUCGGCCUGCGCGACGUGGACCCGGCCGAGAAGCGGCUGCUGCGGGAGCACGGCGUGCGCGCGUUCAGCAUGUUCGACGUGGACCGGCACGGCAUCGGGCGCGUCGUCGAGAUGGCGCUCGCGCACAUCGGGUCCGACACGCCGGUGCACCUGUCGUUCGACGUCGACGCGCUGGACCCCAUGUGGGCGCCGUCGACGGGGACGCCCGUGCGCGGGGGUCUGACGCUGCGCGAGGGCGACUACAUCUGCGAGUGCGUGCACGAGACGGGCAGCCUCGUCGCCGUCGACCUGGUCGAGGUCAACCCGAGCCUGGCGCCCGAGAUCGAGAGCGGCGCGCGCGAGACGGUGCGGGCGGGCUGCUCGCUUGUGCGGUGCGCGCUGGGGGAGAGCCUGCUGUGA